AUGGAGGAGAAGAAAUAUCAGGAUAGAAGGAAGAUAAUAUCUUCACGAAAAACUAUCGAUUGUUCUUGUCCUAAUAGCACCAAAUUUGGCCGAAAAAAAUGUCGAGAAAUAGACGUGGAUUACGUUGUAAAUAAAUUGCAUGAACUUAUAUCCGAUCCGGUAACUCAAAAUGAUGUAUCACGAAUCUCUAGACUGUUGUACGAUUAUCAGGAAUAUCUCAGCGAUCGGGCUUACAUGGUAAAACAUUUACCAAAGGUAAUCAAAGUAUUAGAAUUCUUAGCAACAAAUGCAAAAAGCGUUGAAGAUUAUCAUUCGCAUCUCGAUCGAAUGCUUGAGUUAUCUAAUCGUCCACCUCUUUUGGAAACAUCCUAUCAGAGUCUCGUUUGUUUAGACAUAAUGGAACAAUAUUUUACAUUAUUUGGCUAUCUAUUAACAAUCUUACCUAGCGAACAAGAGYUCCUUAAAGUGCACGAAGCCCUUCGUUCUUUAUUAAUCAGGACUGUGCCGGCUGAUUCUUYCGUAGUCAAGGCUGAACUUUGUCGUGCUGCCAUGGAAAGAUCGAAUCUGUCCAUUAGGGUAACCGAAAUAUUAAAUACUUCCUCGCCGGAAGCAUAUUCUAAUAUCUUGGAGAGAGAGAGAGAGUUGGUCUUCUUAUUAUCCUCCAUAUCCUGUGUUUCUUGUCACAAAAUGUUAGAAGCAGGUAUACUAAAUCCCCUGCUAAUUAGAAUGGACCUUUCUUACUCGACCGAAGUGUUUUGUAAAUUACCACCAGACGAGCCUUUCGAAGGAGACGAGUACUCAGACGAUACAAUGUCUUUGAUAAUGAAUAUCUUAUGGAACCUGACGAGAUCUAUUUUACCUCCCAAAGAAGCACCAGCUGGUCUCAAGGACCUUGGUCCUCCAACACAAUGCGCUAUGUGGUAUCAUCCCCUUUCUUUCUUUAUCCUUUAUACAUACAAUAACGCGAUAAAAUCACAAAUCAUGAUCGAGCAAAAUAUUUUACCAUUAAUACUUCGUUUCAUUGAUUUAAACUCAAAAUCUAUUUGGAGUCCAUCUCAAUUCUGGCAUCUUUUUGAACACGCGAUAUCAACUUUGACUCUAUUGGCAUCUAAAAUGUCGGAUGAAUUUGUUAACAAUGAUGGAACUCAAAAAUUGAUCUCAAUUUUGAAAUGGUGCGCUAACUCGACUGAAUUUGAACCGAAAUUGACGAUGAAUUGUACCAAAGCAAUAUGUUCCAUGGUUCUUUCCAAGAACCCUGUAAUAUUAAAAGAUUUUCGUGAAAAAGAAAUGAUUCUAACACUGCUCGAUCUAAUCGAUCGUAUUUUACACAUGAAUACAUUAACAAUGGAACAUCAAAGGAUUAUGACAAUCAUUCUUAUCGCUGUAGACGAACUAAUUCGAAAUGUAUCAGACCUUCGACUUUUAUAUGGAAACCAAAAUAUAAGAAUCAUAAGAAAAUUGUUAGAUAAAUGUAUCUAUUAUCGAAAAGACGAUGAUUUCAACAUAGACCAACGUCUACUACUAGCAAUUGGUUCUUAUAUUUGGGGCUCCAUAGUACCAUGUCCAAUUCAUGUGGAAAAUUUUGUCGAUAAGGGAACAGUUUACACCAUAAUCGAUGUGAUCGAAGUUACUUCAUAUCCUGUGAGAUGUUUGUAUCUUGGUCUGCUAUCAGAUAUUUGUGAAAAUAUAUUUUGUGGUUAUUAUUUAUGCACUUGGCGUGGUAUUGACAAAAAUAAAGGAUUCAUGUCUUUGUUAACUAAGAUUUGGAGAGAAGAAGAGAAAGAAAUUGGUGUGAAAAUACAACCAGAUGAUCUUGAGUUACCUCAGAUGGGUGUUAAACAAUGGUUCGACACUUAUCACAGUAACCUUACGUACAAUGUUAGUCCUGCAUUGAUCGACAUGAUUGGUUCGGUUAGAUCUAAGAUUUAUGCUAUUUGUCAGAUUAUCGAAAGGUAUGGGGAAAAAUACGAGAUAGCUAGAAACCAUUACAAGAUCUUAAACGAUGCUUUACCUAUCGAAGAUCAGAUCACAAUGUCUAGCAUUAAUCUUUACUUUCGAUUAAAAAUUGGAGAAACUUGGGUCGAGAUUAGCAAGUAUUUAGCUCAACUUGGUGUAACACCAUUAGGAAUGGAUGGUCAAAUUAUGUCUCUAAUGACUCAACGAUAUCAUGCCUGGGGUCUUUUUAUUCAGGAACGUCAAAGGAAACUUAAAACUAAUGCUAAGAAUAUCGAAGAAACCGAAGAGAAGGAAGAGUAUGCUAAAAUUCGUGAUUCCAUGCUUGCACCAACAUUCGAUGCUCUCGAUGAGAUCGAAUAUAUUCGAAGAACAACGGAUAGAUCUUAUAUGCUACAAAAGAAGGAUUUACAAAUUCAAAUGGUGAACAAGUAUCUUAACUUUCCUUGGAAUACGAAUAUCGAACAGUGUCAUAGAACAUUUCAAGAUAAUAUUAAUGUUACGACAGUUUUUGACCAGCAUCUCCAUUUUACUGGAAAACUUACAGCUGACAGCAAUUCUGAUCUUUCCCUAGAUACACCUGUUUCUUCCACAAGUUCUUUUUUGUGCAUUGAUUCUUCUAUGUACGAUGAUUCCUUUCCACAAGAUUUGUCCUGCGAAAGAGAUCACUCCUUUAAAAAUUCGAACGAGGUAUAA